AUGGAGAAGCCAUCACCAACAGACAGCGUCUCUCCUUCCACCGCUAGCGGCUUGUCGAGCACGGCCGCCCAGCCUACCUACACGACGGCCGGUACCAUCUACAACCCAAGCUCAUCCCAGCCUCUGCAGCCCCCUACCAGACGAGGCCGUUCGCUCAAGUGGACAUCUGGCGGUGCCUACUCCGACCUCGCCUUACUGCCGCGCUCUCUUCUCGCGUCCCUGCAGGCCAAAAGCAACGGCCGCAUUUCUCCGUAUCCUGCGGCGCAGUAUACGCCGCUACAGCAAAACUACGACCGGGCGGCCAACCCCAUCAGCAAGAGCGGCUACUUUGAUGACAUGCCUUCCCGAUGGAGUGGCACUUUGGCCAGCCCUGCCCCCGAGUCUGCCGAGACGAUGAGCUGCAUUGCCAGUGACCGAGAGCAUGAUGAAGACGACGAAGAGGAAGAGGAUGACGAAGGAAUGGACAACAUCAUGAUGAACAUGACUGUCAAGUCACUUCAUAAUCUCGCCUCGUAUCCGAACCCCAACCAGAAGAAGGCUCAGAAAGCCCUCCUGCGCCCGGUCAAGCCGAGACUCAACCUCCAGAAUACUGCUGGUGCACACGACAUGCCACUUCAGCCUUGGGAUCCCAGACCAAGCCCGGAUUUCUUGUAUGAUAGGUCCUGGGCCAAGCCAAGACUGUCCAACUCAGACUCCGUGGCCUCACAGCUGAUGGCCAAGGCUGAGCUGCAGAGCAUUACGGGAAGGGGUCAGCGUGAGGGGCCGACCCCCCCGCCCAACAGUGAUGGAUCUGAGCAACAUGCUGCCUGGUUUGCGCAUCUAGCCCUUGGUGCUCCGAGACCUUUGACGGCUGGACCACCUGGACAGCGUCAGUAUCGCGCGUCGACGUUCAAGUCUACCUUUAGAGCGUUGAGUACAGAAGCAAAGGCUGCUAACCAGGCGGAGGAGGAUGCUGCGUAUGCAGUUACGGCCCGGGUUCUUCAGCACGCUGGCAUUGACGAUGCUCGUGGCAAGCUCGAGGGCUCCCUGUCCCUACACGAGUCGGAAGCAGCCUGCUACACGCAGCUAUUCCAAGGCAGCCAGACGCUGCAGGAAAGCUCACCAAACGUGAGCUAUGGUAUUGUAGGAUCUCCCGACAAUAGCAACGACACACGCGACGGCGUGAAUGUAGUUGCAGCUGUCGACGCAGCACUAGCGAGGCCUGAAUGGAGCAUGCAUGCGGCGUGUGGUGGUGUGCGCUCUCGCAGGGACCCCGAGUACGAGGCCGGUCUUGCAGCUUACAUGGAAAAGAUGGACAGAUUGUGGUAUUAUGGCUGCGAGACGCUCUGCGGCGAAUCGGUGCGAGACGUGGACAAUGCAAGGGAGACGUUGGGAGUGAUUGGCGAUGGACGUCCGGGACGCAGCGGGGGUAACAGACACGGAGAGCUCAAGAUUGCCGAAGUAAACGAAAUGGAUGUGGCCGAGCACGCAAGGCCUCUUCUGGACAUGGCCAUGGCCAAUCUGGAGCGCAGUCUUGGUGAGCUACUCAAAAAGCGUUGUGGGCAGUAA